UCCGGAACGUGGAGUCAGUAAGGCUUUGGCCACCAGGAGGCGAGGAAGUCCACGUUGCGUUCGUUGCCGGGGCGCCGCACACACCCACAGUCUCCCUUGCUGUUCCCGGCGCGACGCCCGAGGAAGGACUUACGGAUGGCAGUUGGUCGUUGAGCUGUGUGAAGGCAGAUCGCCGGCCCGGUUUUAGAGAGAGGAACUUUCGAUAUAUAAUAUACUGUAUAAGGAGUGGCUUGUCUCUCUUAUUCAGUUCCAAGCGGAGAGUGCUUCAGCAUCUCGAAACAGUCGAAAGAAAAUUAAAUGAAGGAUCCUUCUUCAAAUAAAACUUUACGAUAGGCGUUUGCAAGGACUGGAACUUCUGGAAGCUCAUCGUCCACUCUGUGUAGUGUUGGCAUCCUAGUGUUUGUCUUCGGUGCAGUGAAGAGGCUCAUUACUCACUCUCUCUUUCUCUCUCUCUUCUCCUCUUCUCCCCUCUCUCUCCCGUAUUCCUCUCUAGUGUCGACGACUCUCAAACCUCUCCUUUCCUCCUCCUUGCUUCUCCCCUUCUCUCCGACUCUCUCUCUUCUUCCCCCCUUUACCUCUUCCCCCGCCCCUAUCUCUUCUCCUUCUCUCUUCCCUCCUCUCAUCUUUUCUCUCUUCUGCCUUAUUUCCCUUUAUCUCUGCCUCUCUUCUCCCCCUUUCUCCUAUAUCCCUUCCUCCGUAUAUCCCCGGCUGCUUCCUGCUUGAGCCUGCUACAAAUUCGCGAAAGAAAGUGUCGGGCCAUCCGUUGAAGCCGCUGCCAGACAGUGUUAUAAAAGCCUCGCGAGAUCUCCCCAGUGAGAGCGUAAAUUCCGUUGUUGCUGAAGGAAUAAAGACAGCUCUUCCGAGGACCGAGAAGUAGUGAGGAAGAGAGAGAAAAAGGAAAAUAAACAAAGAAUAAAUGACGCAAUAAACAGCAAACUAACGAUAUUGUCUGGGAGAAGAGUCCGAGCCUUUUCAUAUUUUUUUCAUUAUUGUUUUUCCUUCUCGGGAUCCUUCUCCGAUACCUUUUAUACGAUCUUUGCAAGCACUUCCGUAUAGUCUGAGAAGGAAGCGAAUAUAAUCAUGAUACUUUCGAGGUUUUGCAAAAUGACUUUAAGAUAACAACGAGCUCAUCAUGAGACAACUGAGAAGAGCGCCUUUGCAUCUUGGAUCAUGUUCAUUCUACUGUACAUGAUGUGUGUACUGGCAGUCUGCGGCGGCCAAGGACCCGAGGAGGAGGAGGACUUCACCACCCUCCCCCCCGCGAAUGAGACAGACCUGCCGCUCGUCACGCCCACGAGAUUCACCGCCGCCAAGGACACGCAGGCGGCGCCGCUGCUGGAGGAAGAGCCUUACUUCGACGCCUCCAUGACGGCCACGUACACGGGCUACCUGGGCAAGACGGCGACCCUCACCUGCAUCGUCCACGCCGCCAAGAACGAUAAGUCGGUGUCGUGGAUCCGCGGGCGCGACCUGCGGAUCCUGACGGUGGGCGGCUACACGUACACGACGGACCUGCGCUUCGAGGCCUUCCACCAGCCGCACAGUACGGAGUGGACGCUCAGGAUCAAGUCGGUGCAGCUGCGCGACCAGGGCGGCUACGAGUGCCAGAUCGCCACCAAGCCCAUCAGGACGUACCACGUGUUCCUCAAAGUAGUGGAACCAACAGUAGAGGUCGUAGGAGCGCCAGACAUCUACGUAAACACAGCUAGCAUGAUCAACCUCACUUGUGUGGUGCACCAUGCACCGUACCCUCCAGAGGAUAUCACUUGGUACCAUGGCAAUCAGACCAUCAGCUACACGUCCCCGCGGGGCGGCGUGAGCGUGGUGGAGGAGCGCGGCGAGACCACCACCAGCAUCCUCCUCCUGCAGAACGCGAGGGCGUCCGACUCCGGCACCUUCACCUGCCAGCCGGAGGGAAUGGAGCCCUCGCAGGUCACGCUGCACGUCCUGGAUGGCGAGCGCCAACGACAGCUGGUCAUCCAAACGAACUCCAGCUGCGUGGCCACCAGCAGGCUGUCCGCCCUCUUUGUGGCCGCUGUCAUGGUCACCAUUGUCGUCCUGUGAAGUGACACGAGACAGACAGACAGACAGACACUGUUGCCUUUCGUAGACCAGCGUUUGUAUCUCAAAGAAUACCAGACUGUAACUCCACUGGCGGUUACGUUCGGAGGAAGAUUCGUUCAGUGUGCUGUACAAAGUGUCUUGUAUCAGUAACCUCUAUUUUAUACAUGGCAUAGCUAGUGAAAGAUGUUGUAAACUGUAGUAUGUGUUUAAAUUUUAGCUACGAAUAAUAAUUUUUAAGACAUUAUAUUUCGGAAAUAUAUUGUUUACAACCAAAAGUUACAAAAAAAGGCGCCAUAUAUCUUAUUUUUGGCAAAGGUAUACAUAUAAAUUGGCGUGCGUAAUUUUGUGAAAAAUCGUGCAGUAUCAACGGCUAAUAAAUAAAGCUUCAAUAUUCAAUGUAGGCCUUAAGGUUGCCAAAAUAUUUUUAAGAGAAAGGAGGAGAAAAUUAUUUCUACAAUGGAACUUGGUCUUAAACAAAAGAAACAUGGGUUAAAUAUGCUUAAGAAUUGUCAGUGUUAAAAGAAAAAAGAUCUACAUGAGUGUACAGUGUACAAAAUCGUAAAAGGUAGGCUUAAUUUUAUAAGUAAAAUAGAUAUUAUACUUUCCAUAAAGCCUCACAGAUGUGGAGAUACUGUGCUGAUAUAUAUGUGCUAUUGUCCUGUUACCUUAUUUUUUCAAGUAUAAAAUCAUCAGGACAUAUAUGAGCCUAUUGAAAUACAAAUUUAAAAAUCCACUAAAUUAUUAGAAAGCAAGAGCACUAAUGGAAGUUUCACCUUUUGUGUAAUCAAAAAACCGCCUACCAAAUUUUCACGACGGAGAAAUAUCACUUGCAUGACGAAGUCUGCCGGCCGUGAGGAUUUUACAAAUUCCAUAAAAAACCCUCUUCCGCUCGUUUCGAAAAGAAAUGCACAAUACUUACCAAGAGCAAACGUUGUCCUUUGCUUACAAACUCUGAAAGUUUAUUGUCAGAACUGUCAAAAGUUUGUUUCUAACGCAUGAGGAUAUAUUUCCAAACUUUAUUUUGGCAGACAAUGCUCUUGGUUCGCUUUCUUCCGCUCUCGACGGUUUUCUCUAAUAAUCUGUCCACUCUACAGAACGUAUUGUACCUUCCGAAAGGCCGAUUGCCAACUCAUUUCGGGCUCAUUCCAGACUCCAAAAUGAGGCUGGUGGCUUGACUAAGUGAUUCGGGUGAAACUUGGGGCAUUUCUGGUUACUUCGGAGAGAGGAAAAUUACUCAGAAGUUGUUGCCAAUUUAAAGUUAAUUCCGAGGUAACUUUGUGUAAAUCUUAUCCAACUCUAAUCUAAAUUUUCCCAAUGGAUGAUCACGUGGCAAAUAGCAAAUGGACCUUUGACGCGAAGGAGAAUACCAAAGCGAAAAAAAAAGAAAAUAACAUCAUAGCAAUUCAUUGAACAUUUUCUUGACAAAAAUAAACGUAUUAGUAUCCUAUUUAUCCUUUUUGACUAAAUUCUAAAAACCCUUUGAUUAAGCGACAUUGGAAUGAUAUUUCGACCUCGUCUAAGUGCUCCUUCUGUACAAGAUUAUUCAAGUAAGGAUUCUGUUUGACUAACGUGCAUACGUCUAUGAAAUGUAGAUAUGUAUAUAUUUGUAUAACAAAAUAAUAAACGAUUGUUGUCAGCAA